AUGGACGAAACAAUUCCGUUGCCGGAGCCCAUAAUACAUCGUAUUCACUCCCUUCUCACCGCCAAGGAAGCUGCUCGGACAACCCUUAUCUCAAAAUCAUGGUACACAGCCUGGUUAACUCGCCCAAUCCUCGACUUGGACGAGACCGAGUUCAGAGAAACUCGCCGCCGCAACAACUACGGUCGCUACAACCACGAUGGUUUCUCGGAAUUCGCGAAGAAGCAAAUCCGGAGAUGCGAAAAAUCGAACCAAAAGAUCGAGACUUUCAGGCUCUACCUGGAGCGCGAGCCGCGGGCUGAUUGGGAAGCAUCUAGUCUUUCCUACGAAUUGGUCCUGACAGCAUUGAGAUUGGGUGCCAAAUAUCUCGAUUUGAAGCUCAACGGUUCCCGUGGAGGGAAACCCGUCUUGCCGGACGAGGUAUUAGGAGCUGAGAACCUCUUCGGUUUAUCUGUGGAGGGGUACAGGAUUAUCGACCUGGUUCGAGAUCAAAAGGUAAGAUGCUCGAAGCUCGAACACCUUAGUUUGAAGGAUGUGAGUAUCAACCCUGGUGUGGUUUCUGAAAUAAUGUCGGCAUGUCCCUUGAUAGAAAAAUUGUCUAUGAUCGAAAUUACUAAUUUUAAUGGAGGGUGUUUGAAAUCCACAUUUUAUGAUGCUAUGAUAUGUAGUCAUAAGCUGACGCAUCUGGUUCUGUGCAACGUGAGAGCUGAUGCCUUGUUCUUCAGUGAUGACUGCUUGUCGUCUAAAUUUCCUUCCUUGAAAGAUUUAACCCUUGAGUUGUGGUACCUUCAUAAUCGCAAUGAAGCUGAAAAGAAAUUACGAGUUUCUGUCAACUCGCUUGAGCGUUUACAAUAUGUUUCACGCCACGGUCGCCCGGUGGCUGUUGAGUUUGAUGUUCCAUGUAUUCGUAAAUUUACAUUCAACAAUGACAGUUUCGAAGUUCCUCCUGUGGUUAUUAAAACGAAUUCAACUGAAUGGGAGUCUCAUGUAACCAUGAGCCGUUUUCGUCCCAAUACUUCGAUGUUUCUUGAGCUGAGUAAGUUCUUGACACAGCUGAGCCAAUCCAAACUUUAUCUCACUCUCAAAGUCGACAGUGUAGAAAGGGCUGACUACGAGAUGGAGGACUUACUAGGUUUACCCUGCACACUCCAACUCGAGAAUUUGACGAUAGAGACCAAAUAUCUAGCGUCUUUAAUCGGUUAUGCUCUUUUUGAUGGCUUGUUUCGGUUAUGCCGCCCCAAGUGCAUAACUCAACAUCUACUUUAUGUGCGGAGAUAUGGCAAUGAGCACGGUGUAACCGAUGAUUUCCUUUGCAAGAUACUCGAGCGAGGAACUAAGGGGCACUUUUCGUCCCCAUUUAAUUUUUUUUAUGGUCUGCAUGGUCUCGAGGAGGCUUACGUGCUGGCUCCUGCUGAUGAGGCUGUUGGUGUGUGGAGACUUCUGACAAGUGAUUUAUGCUCUGAUAAUACUGCUUUUGCAAGCACGGAUGGCCAGGGGAAGGAAGUUCGAAUCUUAUUGAAAUGGAAGGAGGCUUAG